CAUGAACAUAAGCAACCUUCAAAAUGGAGUGGAAGUAGUUCAAAUAUUUGACCGAUUCUGACUUGGCUGUUAGUUUAAUCCCAGCCAUGUGGAAAACGACAAGAAGGAUUUCGCUGUCUGGUAGAUUGUGCUGCUUCCCCGAGGACCCUCUGGAGGACGUCGACGCUUGGAGCGAGUCGAUGGACAAUGUCCUCACAUGCCAAAAAGGCCGACUGGCUUUCCGGCAGUUCUUGCAGUCCGAGCACAGCGAGGAGAACAUCUUGUUUUGGCUUGCGUGUGAGGAGUACAAAAAAAUGAAGAACGUCCCGGAGAUGAUCUCUUCUGCCAACAGGAUCUACUUUGAAUUUGUCCAAACCGAAGCACCCAAACAGAUCAACAUUGAUUGCGGUACCAGGGACAAAAUAGCAACGAACAUCUCCCAGCCGACGCCGACUUCCUUCGACUCGGCGCAGAAGCUCAUCUACUCCCUGAUGGCGAGGGAUUGCUACCCGCGCUUCCUCAAGUCGGACAUCUACCGAGCACUCCUGAGGAAGAGGGACUUGAGGUGACUGUCGUCCAACUUUCCGAGCCGACGGACUCCCAGGCACGCAAAGUCGCCGCCGCCCUCUUCUUCUGUUGUGAUUUGACGCUGAAUGUCCGGAUUCUGGCCCCGCAAUGCGGCUGUGACUGGAGCAAAUGUUGACGUUCUCAACCCGUGUGAUUUGGGAGGCGCUCGCAGCCUUUAUUAUGCCUACGUUAUCUGUUUUAUUUAUUAACACAACAAAAGUGAGUAUUUGAAAAGACGGUGGGCUAAAAAUUGAAUUUUCUCAGCCCACAACACCAUCAAAAAGAACUCCCCAGAAGUAUUAUCAACGUUAUUCAAUUCAAUCAAAUCCAAAGGCGCACCAACACAUUCUGUUUCCAAAUAAAUGUGAUUUCUUUCCU